AUGUCCAAACCAGUGGUGGUGAUUGUGUGUGAAUUACCUGAGACGCUCUCCAAGCAGGCGGAGGCAUCGGGCCUAGUGGAUCUACGUGUGUGGCGACCCUCGCCGCAGAACCCGCAGGCUAAAUCGGCACCACGGGAGUGGCUGAUGGAGCAUGUUCCCGGAGCAAGUGCGAUCAUAUGUAUCCCCAUGACCAAAGUCGAUGAAGAGCUCAUGGAUGCAGCAGGUUCAUCGCUUAAGGUUGUCUCAACUAUGAGUGUGGGCUUCGAGCAUAUUGAUAUGGAGGCAGCAAAGAAGCGUGGCAUUCGCGUGGGAUACACACCAGAUGUGCUUUCGAGUGCCGUCGCUGACCUGUCUCUCGUUCUUGCGCUUAAUCUCAUGCGCAACACUAUGGAAGGCUACCAUAUUGUCAAGAAUGGCAUGUGGUCGAAAGCUCCAUGGACGCCUGUGAGCUUCUGCGGUCCUGCCAUGGAGGGCAAGUCGGUCGGAUUCUUGGGUCUUGGUAGUAUUUCUCAGACACUUGUGAGCAAACUACUCCCCUUCAAACCCAAGGAGAUUGUUUACAAGGUAUCGCAGCCACGGGAAUUCGACCUGAAAGACCCGCACUUCCGCUUUCUGGCCAACAACGACCUAUUCCAGGCGUACACCAACUACCACCAUCGGUUGCCGUUCCCUCUGGUCAACGAGCAUGACGUGACGGCCUUUGCCCAACGUUGCGAUGUGAUAUUGUAUGCCUGCAACUACUGA